CAGGCACCGCGCUUCGUUGACCGACGGAAACAUGAAUGAUGAGUUGUAUACUGACAUACAUUUGCUCGGAUUUCCCGAUGAAGAAUCCCAGACAUCUACGUAUUCCGAUCAAAACGAUUCCGACGACUCCGAACUUGCACACUGGCUGGAUAGUAUUUGCUUAACGCCUUUUUUUGAUCAGGCACGAGAUGGGAACGUGGAAGCGAUGGAAGACUGUUUGAACAAGCAUCCCGAGCUUCUUAACAAGUACGAC